AUAGUCAAUUAAGCAUUGAAUGGGAAAUUGCAACUGGAUCAUUUGCGGGAGGUCUGGCAGGCGCUUUGACGACACCGUUAGAUGUUAUGAAAACGCUACUACAAACUCAAGUACAAAAACAAGUUAAGGCAAAAAAACCAGUUUCUUCUAAGCAGACAACUCCAGUUACGCCUCAAAGUGCAAUCAAAUAUACGCAUUAUUAUACAGGUAUAUGGGAAGGAAUGAUAUGGAAUUAUAAAAAUCAUGGGAUUAAAGGACUUUUCAGUGGAAUUGGGCCAAGGGUUGCCUGGACUGCAAUGCAAAGUGGGAUAAUGUUUGUUAUAUAUGAACAGUAG